GGCCCCCAAGCCUCACCCUUCCCUGGCGUGCCUACAGUUCUCACCACUGCAGCCCCUGCCCUGACAGUCCCCCCUGCCUACACCCACCCCAGGAGCCCAGGUGGCCUAUUGCUUCAACUCACAAGCUUUGUUGUUUACAAGAAGUGCUCUCCAGUGCCUGAUUUUACCUACUCAGCUCGUCUACCAAUUUCCAGGUCCAACUGGCAUGAUUUCACCAUCAGUAUCCCGUUUUCCUUGCUCAGUUCUUGCUACUUCCAUGGGGAGUGAGGAACAGUCUGCUCCCCCGUCUUAAUGCGGCAAAUCCUGCACCCCCUCCUCACCAUGCCCUCAUGCCUCUCUCUUCACAUCCUCUGCAAGUUAACAAACACAGGGCCUGCCAGGGGCUGGGUGCCCAGGACUCAUGUCCUCCCAGAACCACACUUUUUGAGCAGCUGUUAGAACAUUCUUAGGUCGAACCUGAGGAAAUCCGUUCCCUGUAGCUUCUCUCCUACUCCCAGUCUUUGGACCUCAUGGAACAGAACGAGUCCCUAUCAGCCCCCUUUCCCAGAUGAGACACCCCUAGACCACCCUGGGCGCACUGUUUGAACAAGAUACGUGGGUGACAGUGUUCUCAUGUCCACUACAGCCUCUUGCUAAUUGCAGUGUCUCCAGCCGCGUGCAUGAAGCCCGGGGCAGAGGGGUCUGCUCCCGCCAGCUCAGCAGCGUGGCACUCUGCGCCUCCUGGAGGCGUCAUCUGAGACUUAGGACCAGGCCCCCAUCUAGUGACUGGGCUCGGGAACAGCUGCCUAACCGUUCCCGCCUCAGAGUCUCAUAAAGCGAAGCCCGUCCUGUUAUUCCUCUGCUGAAACCCCUUUGCCGGGGCUUCCACCGCCCAUCGUUGCUUGUUGACUUGUCUCCCCCAUUAAGAAGGCCGGGUAAAUAGCCACGGAGCCGGAGCUGCCGUCCCAGAGGAACUGCCUGUGUGUCAGUCUUAUGCCUCAAACCUUCCGGAUGUUAAAACCGGGCAGAAUAACCUUUGCACUGCGCCGAAGCAGCCUACUUUCCCAAAGGAAUGUUUGCAGAGAUAACCAGGAAGCAACUACUAUGACUACUAGACUGAAAAUUAGAACAUGGUGCGCCCAGCUGGUGGGCUCAUGGUUGGAUCCCAGUCAGGGCGCAUGCCGGGUUGAGGCAGCUGAUCCACGAUUCUCUCUCAUUGAUGUUUUUAUCUUGCUCUCCCCCUCCCUUCCUCUCUGAAAUAUAUAUAUUAAAAUAAAGAAUGUUCCCGUCUCAUUCCCCUGUUGCGGCUGCUGUUCCCAAGCCAGGAUGUUAGGUUCCAGAGUGGCCGUGGGCGAGAACACUCUGUCCUUCUGGAUGUUUUGGCUCUAAUUUCCACCCCAAAUGGGUGUUGCCCCUCUCCUUCUUCUUGGCCAACAUCUCUUCCACCAAUAUAAGCGCGUGCUGGAGGCUGGUGGGCAGUCAUGCAUUUGACGGCAGGCCCUGCACACAGCCGGAGUCUGGGGCCCCUGGGGCCCCUGGGCCCCCACAGCACCCCCCAAGCUCUGUACACGGUCCUCUUAACAGUGCUGGUCGUGAUGAGCUUGGUGUUUGGUAAAACUGAACCUGUCAAUCGAGAGCCCCCUUAUCCAGCUGAGUUCCCCAAAUACCUGCGCUGCUAUCGGUGCCUCUUGGAGACCAAGGAGCUGGGGUGCCUGCUGGGAUCUGACAUCUGCCUGGCCUCUCCUGGCAGCAGCUGUAUGACUCUCUUCAUCAAGAACAGCAGUGGGCCGGACAUCAUGGUGAGCGACUGUUGCCGCAAGGAGCAGAUGAGUGACUGCUCACACACCCGCACUUCCCCCGUGUUUGGCUUCUGGAUGUUCUCUCGGUGCUGUUUCCAGGACUUCUGCAAUAGCCCACAGAGCCGAGCGCUCUAAUCCCAUAGGACGUCUGCAGAGACCUUUGCAGUAAAAUGUUGCCGGUGUCCAGCCAGCUUCCUGGUUCCCACCUGGGCGCAGCCAGGACAACUUCUAGCCCACCCAGCAGUCGUCCCACGUCCCCCAGGUUACCUGACCCAGCCUUAGUUGCCUCUUGCUUGCCGCCCCUCAGCACCCCCUUCACACUCUGCCCCUGCCCAAGCUCCCUCUCCAGACAUCUCUGGAGUUUUCCCUGUAAGUCCUCACAGUCUGACAGCUUCCCUCGCCUCUUCUCCCACCUCUAGGCAGCCUUUGCUCUGCUCUGGC